UGGGCUGUUGAAUCGCGCGCUGUGCACGCGCUCGGGACUCGCGCACUGUUCGGUGUCCGUUCCUGGACCGAGCUCCAACUUUCCACCCCAUCAGCGCGCGCGGUGCAGAAACUGCCCCAAGCACCGCCCCAGCACCGCGAGCCGGAGCGGAAAGCGCGGGCGGGUAGUAACGCUCAGUGCAGAGCGGCGAGCGGAAGCGAGUUCACCGGCAGGUGAGAGAGCCGCGACCAGAAGCGAAUAAACCGCGAGAGGAGGGAAAUAAACCCCAACCGGAUGCGAGGGAGGAUCAGCGCGAGGACACCGAGCAUCCAGUCCGGGGACUGCAUCGAUCAGCUGACUCGGAUACAGAGAACCGAGUCAGGAGUCGGCUCAGUGAGCUGAUCUCACACACACACACACACACACACACACACACUUCUUACAGCUGAGACGAUUAAAAGACAUAGAGGGGGGCCAAUAUUUCCGGAAAUUGGUGAGUGUUCAUCCCUUCUAGAGUGCCGGGGUAGAACCAGAUGCCUUCAGUGUGAGACGGCGAGCUGGAGGGUGUCCGGUUGAUGAAACCCUCUCACAAACCCUUUCCACUCUCCCUCUGAGCCCCUCCCACAGCCCUGUCUCCAUGGCGAUGAGCAGCGACCCCGGGUACGCCGGGCCAGAAUUCGACCCCGAUUCCCCUUCCGCCUCCUUAUCGCCAACGCCGUUGUCCACCAAGAUGGCCGCCAUCACCAUAACUGACCCCUCCACUAACGGGUUGAGAAAUGGGGCGGGGUAUAAGAGGGCUCCACCCCAAAGGCCACACCUUUCUGGCAGAAAGAUGUCACUUCAGGAAAGAGGAACGUACCUGUCAGCAGGGGGCGGAGCCGAGCGCAUUUCUCACAUUUCGCCACGCGCUGCACGUCGGCCCACUAUCGAGUCCAAGAGGGUGUCCAUCUCAGAUGCACAGGACUGCAUUCAGCUUAACCAGUACAAACUGAAGAGUGAAAUUGGCAAGGGUUCCUAUGGUGUGGUCAAACUGGCCUACAACGAGGAUGACGAAAAGUAUUACGCAAUGAAAGUGGUAUCUAAGAAGAAGCUGAUGAAACAGUGUGGAUUUCCACGUCGCCCUCCUCCUCGAGGCCCCAAAGCAGCUUUGGGGGAACAACCGAAAGUGCUUGGCCCCCUUGAGAGGGUUUAUCAAGAGAUCGCCAUUCUGAAGAAGCUAGAUCACCUGAACAUAGUCAAACUGGUCGAGGUGCUGGACGACCCAGCCGAGGACAAUCUGCACAUGGUGUUUGAGCUAAUGCAGAAAGGCCAAGUGAUGGAGGUUCCUACAGACAACCCUUUAAGUGAGGAGCAGGCUCGUCCCUACUUCAGAGAUAUUGUCCUGGGCAUCGAGUACUUGCACUAUCAGAAGAUUGUCCACCGGGACAUCAAGCCAUCGAAUCUGUUGCUUGGAGAUGAUGGCCACGUCAAGAUUGCUGAUUUCGGUGUUAGCAACCAGUUCGAGGGGAACGAUGCCUUGCUGUCCAGCACAGCAGGAACGCCGGCCUUCAUGGCUCCGGAGACUCUGUCUGACAACCGCAAGAGCUUCAGCGGAAAGGCUCUCGAUGUAUGGGCAAUGGGAGUGACCCUUUACUGCUUUGUGUUUGGGAAGUGUCCUUUUAUCGACGAGUACAUCCUGGCACUGCAUAACAAAAUCAGGAGCAAGUCUGUGGAGUUCCCCGAGACGCCAGUUGUCAGUGAAGGCCUAAAGAAUCUACUCCUGCAAAUGCUGGACAAGAACCCUGACACCAGGAUGACCAUUCCUCAGAUUAAGCUGGACCCCUGGGUCACACAGGACGGCACUGACCCCCUGCCUUUAGAGGAAGAACAUUGCAGUGUGGUUGAGGUCACGGAAGAGGAGAUUCAGAACUCAAUCAAGUUUGUUCCCAGUCUGUCCGCUGUGAUUCUGGUGAAGGCCAUGCUGCGGAAGCGCUCUUUCGGGAAUCCUUUCGAGUGCCCCAGCAGGAGGGAAGAAAGGUCCAUGUCUGCUCCAGGCAGCCUGCUUAUGGACUCUUGGCCAUUUCGUCCCUCUCUUAAACUCCACCCUUCUUUAAGAAAAGGUAGCACUGGAGAAGCUGGACGCGACGUAGAGCUCGAGGACCUGGAUGAAGAUGAACCGCCCUCUUCUGAUGAUCACUCAUAAGUGUAUGCGCUUAUCAGACAAAAGCUCCGCCCUUUACUCAUUCCCAUUGUCUAGACAGACCUAAAUCUGUAACAUCAACAGUCACAUCACGAAAGCUACAUUUGCGAAUGGUUCAACCAUACAUUUAUAUAUAUAUUCCUGAAUGAAGUGUCUUAUUUCUAAGCUUUUCGACGCGAUCGGUUUGGCCAGAUGUACCUUUCUUUGUGACGAUACCUUUUUUUCUGGAUAUUGCUCCUCCUCCUCCUGCCACACCCACUGUGCAAUGCUACUUCCCUACCACCGCAAUGCUGUAAAGAGGGAAAACCUCUCAUAUGGACAGAAGUCUAAGACUAUCUAAGCUUUUUUUUUCUUCAUGCUCUCAGUAUGCACGCUACCUUUCAUCCUUCGUGACUCGAGCUUGAAAA